AUGUGGAUUGGCAACUUGAAGGCCACGUCGAAAAGGAAACUUGAACUUCUGUCAAGACAUAUAUCGACACUUUCAUCUCCCCUUGUCGCAGCAAGAAAGAAAGCGCGAACAGGAGCCCGAACUACCUCCACCUCUAAAGUUAGCUCUCCGACCUCAAAUUUAAGCUUUCCCGAAAACCAAACCGCCGUGUUAGAUAAAUAUAUGCCAGCCAUUCGCACACAUGAAGUUAGGAAAGCCGCUAGAAAGUUGAUUCGAAACGCUCGUAUCCGAAAGUUUGAAUCCCGUAAAAAGACGCAACGAGGACGACUUCACCCUCGCGUGAUCGGAAAGGGAUUUGUGAACGUAGGGAAUUCUUGCUACAUCAAUGCAAUUUUACAAGCUCUAGUGCAUUUGUCACCCUUGGCAGUAGAUAUCAGUGAUAUUUAUCACGAGCCCUCGUCUUGUGCCCUGCGAUUAUCUUCCAAGUGGUGUGCAAUGUGUGCGUUGCAGUCUUUAGUCAUUUCCCGGUAUCAAUCUUUCGGGACAUCUCGUCGCAAGGUCCCAACUGUUUUUACGAGUCAUUUACCAGAAUACGCAUCAUCUCUGACCCCAGGCAUGCAAGAAGAUGCGCAUGAAUUCCUUAGUCUAGUUUUGAGUGCGCUUCAGAAUGCUGAGCUCGGGCUUGAUGCAAUUUCUUUUGGCAAGUCUACUGAGGCUCAACGUGACAAAACCCUCGUCUCACAGCUUUUUGAAGGCACCUUGAUACGCGGUAUCAUAUGUUCUGUUUGCGGUUCUGGUCGCGCUAUGACGGAACCCUUUCAAAACGUAGGCGUUUCCUUGUCAUCUCUUACCGUUGAAGAAUCAAUUAAUGGAAUGGUGUCAGAAGAAACCAUUGACCACUAUCACUGCGAGGAAUGUAAUAAUAGACAAGAAGCAUAUAGACGCACAGAAUUGCUUUCAGCUCCUCGGGUGCUGAUUGCUAACCUCCACAGGUUUUCCGCUUACGGCGAAAAGGUACAUGAUCAUAUUGAUCUUUCUACUACUCUGAAGUUAAUUUCAACUUCAAAUGGUGCAGAAGCUCUAUACCAAUUACAAGCCGUUGUUUGUCAUACUGGGAUGUCUACUCACAAUGGACAUUAUUAUACAUAUGUCAAGGGUUUCAAUGGACGAUGGUAUUUAUUGAAUGAUCAUAAAACUACACGUGUUGAAGAAGAUCAGAUGAAGCAGGAUCCGGGUUCAUAUUUACUGUUUUAUACCACUGAUGUUUCGCGUUUACCGAGCUUUGAAUUUCUGCACACCUUAAAAGCUGCUAGAAAGCUUUUUCGAAACGCUCGCAUCAGAAGACGUCAAGCUCGUCAAAACACACACAAACAAAGGUUCCCUCGUCCCAUCGGAAAAGGUUUUGUCAAUGUAGGAAACUCUUGCUAUAUCAAUGCAAUCUUACAAGCUCUAGUACAUUUACCCCUUCUUGCAGUGAAUCUCAGUGACCUCUAUCACACGCCCUCGUCUUGUCCCCUUCGAUUAUCUUCAAAGUGGUGCGCAAUAUGUGCGUUACAAUCUUUAGUAAUUUCUCGAUACCAAUCCAUCAGAUCAUCACGUCGCAAAGUCCCAAAAGUUUUCACGAGUCACUUAGCAGAUUACGCACCAUCUCUAACUCCAGGAAUGCAAGAAGACGCACACGAAUUUCUCAGUUUAGUUUUCAAUGCGCUACAGAAUGCUGAGCUCGGACUUGAUGCAAAUUCAUUUGGUCAAUUUACCGAUGCUGAGUGCAAGAAAACUUUGGUGUCACAACUUUUUGAAGGUAGCUUGAUCCGUGCUACGAUUUGUUCGGGUUGUAAUACAGGUACGACCGCAGUGGACUCCUUUCAAAACGUAGGUGUUUCCUUAUCAUCUGUUACAGUCGAACAAUCUAUUAAUGGUAUGGUAUCAGAAGAAAUCCUUGACGAAUAUCACUGUGAAGAGUGUGAUGGUCCACAAGAAGCACAUAGUAGGACCGAGUUACUUUCAGCUCCAAGGAUACUGAUGGCUAACCUUCACAGGUUCUCAACUUACGGAGGAAAGAUACAUACUCAAAUUGAUCUUUCUACUACUCUGAAAUUAAUCUCUACCUCAAAUGGUGUCGAGAGUCUUCACCAACUUCAAGCUGUGGUUUGUCAUGCUGGCUUGAACACUAAUUGUGGACAUUAUUAUAGUUAUGUUAAGGGGAUUGAUGGACGAUGGUAUUUGUUUAAUGAUCAUAAAGUUGAACGAGUACAUGAAACUCAUAUGAGGCAGGAUCCUGGUGCAUAUUUAUUAUUUUAUAGUACUGAUGUUUCUCGUUUACCGAGUUUUGAAUUUAUGAACAAUUAA